AGCUACUUCUGCAGCGAGUAAUUUACCACGACUCUUAUCAUCGAUUUCUUCGACACCUGCAAGUAUUGCUGCAAGUAUUGCGACUUCCAACCUCAGUCAUCAUGCUGAACAACUAUACCUACAGCCACCUGAGAAGUCAACUUCAUAUCAAUCGAAAUCAACAUCUCAGCCUGAAUAUACGAAUAACAACAUGCCCUCCUCAGUCGUGCCAGAACCGCUGAGACAUUCAUGGGCUGCGUCAAACGGCGGAGCGGUAGAUGGGCUACCAACGAUGAAUACAGUAGCAGGAAUGGCAACAUUUCCGAUUGAUCCAGAGGCUCUCGAGCAGCAUCCAGACCACGACACUUUUGAGUUCUGGGCAUGGGUUGCACUGUGCGCGUUGCUGCUCGUAUUGGCAGGUGUGUACUCAGGACUCACAGUGGGCCUUCUAGCACUCGACGAGUCGCAACUGGGCCAACUGGUGGCGCAACGGGAGGAAAGGCGGGAGAAUGAACGACCAGAAGCGAAGCAGAACACAGGAGCUUUGUCGUCUGCAACAACUAUGUCGUUGAAGAAGAAGAGAAACUCGAAUAUCGUUCAUACGAGGAACAAAAGCGCCACCACCGUACGACGAAAUUCACCAGACAGUACAACAAGUGCGGCUGAAAAUGUGAUCGGGCUACGAUCUUCCGAGAACCUUGAAAAUGUCCGCUCUUGCGUGACAGGAACCAGAAGACCUUUGCAGGAGGCGAAUGGAGGAGAGGAGGACCCAAGAAAGUCUAGAAGUCCACCUUCGGAUUCUAGGGCACGCACAUCAACAGGGGACAUCAACAAGAUAUUUCCACCAAGUCUGGUUUCUCAGUCAACAAGGAUAUCGUCGUGCAGCACCACUGCGUCUGAUGAUCUAUCGCAAUUGGUCUUAGUACCCAGAAGAAGCAAU